AUGGUGGGAGGACGGGGCCGCGGCUGUACACUUGUGGCCAUCACACACACACACUCCAGUGGUCUGCAUGUUCACUGGCCUCCCUCGCCUGCUGCCCCUCCUCCUCUCCCCUCACACCCCUCACAACCCCUCACAACCCCCUCCCCACCCACGGCACAACCCCGCCACCUGGUGACCAGCGACACAACUUCUCUUACAAGUGCCAUGCUUCUCUCCCCUCUUCAUAAAGCCAUAUGUCAGAGGUGUGUGGGAUCACAGCUUACCAAUCACCUGUGGCUGUUCAACAGUAACAGUCAUCAGUUUUCCACAAAUCAGCAUUUACAGAGUGUCAGGAAAUCCGUUUCUAAGCAUGUCAGAUCUGACACAUCAGGCAGCUUUGGCCAGAAAGCCAAAGAAGCAACGCGUACCACAUACUACACUGCUGUGGUGGUGCUGGGUGUAGGAGUCACUGGCCUUAUGAUGUAUUCAGUCUUCAAAGAGCUACUUUCCUCCUUUUCGCCACAGACAGUUUACAGUGCAGCUGUUAAGAAAUGUGUUGCUCAUCCCAGAGUUGUUGAUUUUCUGGGGGAUUCAGUGAAGAGUUAUGGUGAGGAGAGUCGUCGGGGACGACGGCAGCAUAUCAGUCACUUGUCAUAUGAGAUGGAAGGCAUGAAGGGACUCAGGAUCAAGUUCUACCUGAAGGGGCAUCGAAGGACAGCAACAGCCAAUGUUGAUGCUCGAGAAACAUCAUCUGGUUGGGAGUUUAGGUAUUUAUUUGUCCAGCUUGACUCCUACCCUUAUGAGGUCAUCGUGAUUGAGGACAAUAGAGGAACAGUGUUCGACGCUUCCUCAUCUUCAGACCUACCAGCUCUUACUAACACUCCUACAACACAAGAUGAUGAUAUCUCUGGAUUUACACCACUCUUUUCAACAAAAUAAUCAGCUCAUGCAAUCACAAAAGUAACAAACUAUUUAUAUAAUUUUGUUAGGCAGUUCAUAUCUCUGUUUUGUGAAUUUCAUAAAUUAUUUUCAAGUGUCGUAUCUAUUGAAUACUCUUCAAGUAAAAAAUGAUAACUGACCUUCUGUUAUAUAUUUACAAAUCCUUGGAACUACAGUACUACUGUGUACAUAAAAAUGGUUAGUAAUUAAAAUUUUAUUAAUAUUGGCAGCCAAAGCAGCACCUGUAAUGAUUUAAGUGAACAGUAUUGUAUUGUAUAUCCUUCAAAAUAUUAUUCUCUACUUGUACUGUACCACCAGCCCGGUAUUCAUACCACAUUGCCUCAGAUUUGAGUAUUCAUUCUCAUUUUGUUCUCCGACACACUCAGAUAGGAUCAAAUACAGCACUGCACCACACCAUACUGUAGUGCAGGCAAAUCACUUUAAUUUGUUGCUUGGUUUUUCUACCAGAUUUUUUGUAAUAAAUUAUUCUUACAUAAAAUUUUGAAUGUAGAGCAUUUGUAAUACAAAUUUUAUAAUAUGAAAAUUACAAAGAAAUGUUAGGCAA